GAAGCUAAUGGCAGCAACAUGAGUGGAGCCCAACAGGACCGAGCAAUGAUGGCAGACAGCCUCCCUCUGAACAAGACAGCUUUGGGACUACAUGACCAGGAGAUGAACAAAGCUCUCUCGGAGUUCAAAGUGUUUAAUAUUGUCAUCAUUGCCCUGGCCUUGUGUAUCCUCACCAUCACUGGAUUGUACUGCAUCACUGUCUGCUACAACCGCAGCAGGCAGUCAAAGAGAGCCCACGUUUAUGAGAGUGCAGUGACCCGAGGCGAGCAGCUGGACCCCGUGGCGGUCAAAGCGGUGAAGAGGUCGACCAGUUUCAUCAACCCUCUGGCCUUCUUCAGGAAACCAGAGGCAGCAAAGGACAACUCCAGGAUCUAUUACAUCUACAGUAACCCGCUGCCUGUAGGACUGAAGGAGGAAGAGGAGUUGGGGGAAACCAAAGCCCCACAAGGACCAGAGAAGCAAAUUGAACUGUCGUUUCAGGAGUAUGCCAACGAUCCAAACAGUGGUGUCAUCCUGGACCCUCCAAUUUUUUACAUGCAGCUUUAGAGGGUAGGAGGGAGAAUCUUAAAGGUCUGAGACCUGAUCCCUGCCGCUGUGUCUAUCAAAAUGUCAACAUGUAGAGGCCAAUAAAGAGGCAAUAACAUUCAGUUUAGUUAUCAUGGGGAGUACUACUCAUCCUGUAAAAAAAAAAAAAGUAUAAUGUCCUCUGUAGCUCAAGUCUGGGAACAUAAUUAUUGUUAUUUCAGCAAAGGAUUUGAGACUACAAACUUACAACAGACAACUUAUGUUCUAGACACUGGUAUGAAGUUUGAAAGACGUGGGUAUUUGCCAAGCAAGAACAUAAGAUGCUAUCAAGUUGCAUUAUGGGAAAUGUAGGAUCCAGUGUUUGACCAAUACUAUCGACUUAAAUUGGGGAUAUUUCUUCCACUGCUGCUUUAAUUUUGACCCUAUUUUGUAUUUUGAUUAUCUUGUGUCCCAUUAAAUUCUAAAUCACUGGUGUAACCCUUUAAUAACUCCACAGUAAGUGGAAGGGUGCAACCGCAAAAAAGGAUGUGUAUCUGAUAUUGGAGAAUACCUGUGUUGAUAUCACUGGCUAUAAGUCUUAGCUAAUAGAGAGUCUAACAACAGUGGUCUGUCCCUAAAAGAUAGAUGCAGGACCUUAAUGCACCCGGUGGAGCAUUUGACCACUAGUGGGGCUAUGGAGCAUUCAUUAGCGAGUUUUGUUUGUAUCACGUGGCAACAUGAUCCACAUUUCUGUUUUGGCUGUUCCACUGAUUGACAGUUAGUAAACAUUAAUGUAAACAAUGCUGAAUUUGAAAUGUUUUUUAAAUGGCUUUACAAAUGUUUUACAAGAUUUAAAAAAUGCAU